GCCUGUGUUGAUAUUUUAGUGUUUUAGUGUUUAUUUAGUGUGGACUGUUAUUGACAACGAACAUAUUGAUUACCUCAUCUACCAUAUGAUGCUCUAUAGAGGGGGGCAGAUUAUUUACAUAUAUUGGCUUUUUACCGGUGUUUAUACAGCAUUGGUCUAGUUAAUUGCUGCGAUGAUGUCGUUUUUGUCUGUGUGGUUAAGUAGCAUUGAUUCAUUAGAGUACAAUGAGAAGUUUAUUUUAUUUAUUUAGUUUCUUAAGGUCCAUUAGAAUAUUUCGUCCCUGUCGGGCAGAAACCUUAUAUGUCCAAAAAGACCAUAUUUGAUAGAUUUAAUAUUUUUUCACAAAUCGACACUAUUGGUCUGUCCCCACCGUCGUGGGCUGUUAUUUUUUACGCUUUGUUAACCAAUUUAAAGUGGUGAAAGUAGCUUGAGAACAAAUCUACUAACGCUCUUCAGUGCUCAACUGUUUCAGAAGUGUUGUGAAACUCCGCCUCUUCCUUCACUCUGCUUUAACUGCGUCACAUUAUUCCGCCUCAACAUCGAAAGUCUGCAUGGUUUUUAGAACUUAUCGAGUGAAAAUAGUUCAGUUACAUACAUUUGAGCAAGCCAUAAUAUUCUAAUUAGAUCAGAUCGGUGUAAAGUGUAGUUUCAAUUCAUCUUUUCGAACUGCCCUGUGAACUGCGAUCUCUUGUUUAUAAGGAAUAACUAUACAAACACACGCAUCAUGGCAUGCAUAUAAUAAUCCACCGGUCAACAAAGUGACUAAUCAGAGCCUUCAUUGAAAACAAAUGGUAACGGCGAGGUGGGCGAGCAAAACAGUGGGAGAGUCACCGGACUAGCCGAUUGAUAUGUGCUAAAUGAUCAAUAAAAGUCAGAUUUUUACUUACUGGUACUUAACAUGUUCACCUGCGCGUUGAUUUCAGGUUGACUUCCCCUUACAUUUAAUCUCAAACUAGCUACAUAACUUUCUUACCACGUCAUUCUGAUUGGUUCUCAUAUCAACCCUCGCAGAACUGGAGCUCGAGUCGGUGUUUGCAUAUACGUGUGUAAAAAGUAUAGCUGAGCCUGCGUGAGCGUGUACAUUUGAAUAUCUCAGAAGAACUGAACCUGGUCCCAGUGGGUUUUCACGCUCUCAUACGGCAGAGUUGAAAUGGAAGAAAGGAGACGGAAAUAAGUGGCGAGGCAGCUGAGCACUGAGCUGCUCAAAGAGUGACGUUUAGUGUUGUUGAUGUGUUUUACCUGUCCGUGGGAGCAGAAAAGGACCUCCCCUACACACUGCGUCUCUGUGUUUGACUAGGUUAGCCUCUCUGGUGUUUAAAAAGGUUGCUUGAUUUGACUCUUUUGUUUCAAUGAGACGACUGAUAUGCCUUUUAUACAGAACAUCAGGCCAGACCUUCUGCAUCCUUUGACCUCACCACUAAUGUAUAUGCACCAAUAAGAUAAUGCAAGGGCCUCACUUACAAAAGUAGAGUGUUAGUAGAGUGGUUAGACAGUGCACUGCAUCACAACAAGAAGUGUAUAAUAUUUUGGGUACCUUAUUUGUGACAUAAGAGUACAGCUGUCAUUGUUCCGUCAUGCACAUUUUGCUUGUCUAGAACCUCAAUAGAUUGUGCAGGCUUACUUAAAGUUGUGGCUGGUGAGUGUAGAACAUCUGUGAGCCAUCUCCCGUUUUUGUGCUUUGCUGUGGGAGUUUCUCGCCUCGAACUGUGAGGCCAAAGAGGCUGCUCUUCACACGACCUUAACAGCAAAAAGCUGAACCUGCGACCUGCGUCAUGCAGACGACGGUGUGUGCAUGUGUGUGCGCGCGCGCUGCAUUUCCCCUUGCUCGCGCCAUCAGAUGUGUUGAUCUCAUCAGAAAUCUUUCAAUGGUACCAGCUCUUCUUUAUAAACCCAUUGACCGUGUGACAAGAAGCACCCUAGUUCUUCACGAUUUGCUGAAACACACGCCAAAGGACCAUCCAGACUUCCCUCUCCUGCAGGACGCUCUGCGGAUAUCUCAGAAUUUCCUCUCCUCCAUCAACGAGGAGAUUGACCCUCGCAGAACUGCUGUCACUACACCCAAAGGAGAGGCUCGUCAGCUGGUGAAGGACGGCUUCCUUGUGGAGGUGUCGGAAAGCUCCAGGAAGCUGCGACACGUCUUCCUCUUCACCGACCUGCUGCUCUGUGCCAAAAUGAAAAAGACCUCUGCUGGUCGUCACCAGCAGUAUGAGUGCAAGUGGUACCUCCCUCUUGCAGGCUUGACUUUCCAGACACUGGAGGAGUCUGACUCUUGCCACAGCAUCCAUGUCCUCCCUGAGCACGAGAUUGAAGAGAUGAAGAUUAAGAUCUCACUCUUAAAGAGUGAGAUACAGAAGGAGAAGAAAGCACCAAAGGGUCAGAACCGUGUGGAGCGUCUGAGGAAGAAGAUGAAUGAACAGGAAUCUUGGCUGCUGCUCCACUCCCCCACGAUUCCUUUCCGCCUUCAUAACAAACAUGGCAAGAGCUACCUGUUCCUUCUCUCCUCUGAUUAUGAGCGGUCAGAAUGGCGGGAGAGCAUCCAGAAGCUCCAGAAGAAAGACCUUCAAGCAUGCGUGCUAAGCUCGGUCGAGUUGCAGGUCCUUACUAGCUCCUGUUUCAAACUCCGAACUGUCCACAACAUUCCUGUCACCAGUAAUAAAGAUGAUGAAGAGACUCCAGGCCUGUACGGCUUCCUUCAUGUGAUUGUCCACUCUGCCAAAGGAUUCGAGGAGUCAGCCAAUCUGUACUGUACUCUUGAAGUGGACUCUUAUGGAUACUUUGUGAGCAAAGCUAAGACCAGAGUCUUCAGAGACACUACAGAGCCUCAAUGGAAUGAAGAGUUUGAGAUCGAGUUGGAGGGAUCCCAGUUCUUGCGAAUCCUGUGCUAUGAGAAGUGUUAUGAUAAGAGCAUGCUCAACAAGGAUGACAAUGAGAUUGUGGACAAGAUCAUGGGCAAAGGGCAGGUUCAGCUGGAUCCUCAGACAGUUCAGUCCAAGAACUGGCACAUGGACGUCAUCGAGAUGAACGGGAUCAAGGUGGAAUUCUCCAUGAAGUUUACAAGUCGGGACCUGAGCUUGAAGAGGACGCCAUCCAAAAAACAGAGCGGUGUGUUUGGAGUCAAAAUCAACGUGGUAACAAAGCGCGAGCGCUCCAAGGUGCCUUACAUCGUCCGCCAGUGCAUCGAGGAAGUGGAGAAGAGGGGAAUCGACGAGGUGGGAAUUUACAGGAUCUCCGGGGUGGCCACUGACAUCCAGGCCCUCAAAACGGCAUUUGACACCAAUACCAAAGACAUCCUGGUGAUGUUGAGUGACAUGGACAUCAACGCCAUCGCGGGAACCCUCAAGCUGUACUUCAGGGAGCUGCCGGAACCUCUGCUCACCGACCGCCUGUACCCGGCCUUCAUGGAGGGCAUAUCUCUGUCCGACCCUGCGGCCAAGGAGAACUGCAUGAUGCACCUCCUACGCUCACUGCCCGACCCCAACCUCAUGACCUUCCUGACUCUGCUGGAGCACCUCAAACGGGUGGCGGAGAAGGAGCCCCUCAACAAGAUGUCCCUCCAUAACCUGGCAACAGUAUUUGGCCCCACUCUGCUCAGACCUUCAGAGUCCGAGAGCACCAAGGGGCAGAAUAUCACCUCCGUCUCUGACAUCUGGUCGCAUGACGUCAUGGCGCAGGUGCAGGUGCUGCUCUACUACCUGCAGCAUCCUCCCAUCUCCUUCGCUGAGCUCAAGCGGAACACGCUCUACUUCUCCACCGACGUUUAAGCCCGUCUCGACACCUGGAGAACCAGCGAGCGAGAGACUGUGUACGAUCCCCGGUCCUCCGACUUCGCCUCUCCUGCAAGCGGCCAUCUCCUCUUGACUGUGCAGCAACCCCCCAACACACACACACACACCCGCUGCAUAGGAAGGCGGUGACGUUUUUUUUUUUUUUUUUUGGUCGUCUCCAUAUAAAGUCAUGUUCGUAAUAUGAGGAGACCAACCAGAUGAGAAAAGCAUUCGGGGACCGCACUGGUUCAGUUUUCAGGAGGAGGGAGGGCUUUUCGGAGGCCACAGCCUGGCGCCGUGGCACAGGAUCAAGCCGGGGACGCGCCGUCGAGCUUUGUCCCCUGCUUAAAGGCAUUCCACAACAACUGCAUUUAUGUUUUAUAAUAAUUCCGGUGUUUCCCUUUUCUGUCUUCCUGGCUUUGAGCAUGAGGAGAAGGUGUUUGUCUGUGUUUAUGUGCGGGACUGAAAGAGAUUGAAUGACAGGCUCUUUUUCUUAAACAGACAUUCCCUCCCCACUGGUUCUUAGCCCUAUUUAUUUUAAAUAUCUAUAUAUAUCUGUGCCUGUACAGUUCUGUGCAACUAGAGAGAUCAUCUAAGGAGUCUGUUUUUUGAAGUCUAUUCAGGUAGUGAUGUUAUUUUCUAGUCAAACGUUUCUCAUUCACCAUAUUUGUGGUUAGUAAAUUGUACAAAAAUGAUCACCACAGAAGUUGUCAAUUUGUUAGCCACCGCUUUGUCGAGGAAAACAGACACUUGGGAGUCAACGGGCUGGGGGUGAAAACAAAAUGAAUGAAACAUGUUGCUCCCCCCCCAAUUGUGUUUGAGGUGCAAGCCUGUUCCGAGCAUCUCACUGCGCCGCUAUAAUCGAGAGGACGAUUUGUGUAGUUGCCCUCAAUGCAUGUAACUCAAAGAGCGGUUGUGUGCAAAGGCCUUUUUCUGCUCUGUACAAAGCCAACCUUUCUGCUAUCAGGUCUGCAAUAUAACCAGAAAAAAAAAAAAAUACUGCAAAAACUGAAAGUAACACUGUUUGGUAUUUUUCAUAUAAGUAAAAAAUAAAAAAUGUUGUAUUUUACUUUUGCAAAGAAUUUAAGUAUGCUGUACUGUAAUUUUGAGGCUAAAUAUAAAUGUGAACGUCCUCCCCUUUUUUUCUUUUUUUUUUUAGUGAAAUAAAAGACAAACCAACUCA